UUCAAAUAAAAGAAACUCUCUCGAUAGAAAACGUUAACCAUAAAGGCCAUGGAAACAAUCCACCGUUUCUCGGUACGUCUUCUUCCAUUAACUCUGAUACAUAUAAAGUCUGCUUCAAUCUGUAUCCCGACCCGGAUACCCAUCUCACAACCCAAUUUUCAAACACCUGCCUCAUUCACCACCACCCGAAAAUCCCACACAUCCUCUACGGUUAGAAGGGCGGGUUGGCUUCUGGGUAUGGGAGAUAAGAAGAAAGUAAGCUUACCCGAGAUAGUAAAAGCGGGUGACCCUGUUUUGCAUGAGCCGGCUCGCGAAGUUGACCCGGAAGAAAUUGGGUCGGAGAGGAUUCAGAAGAUUGUUGAUGAUAUGAUUAAGGCUAUGAGGUCGGCUCCUGGUGUUGGGCUUGCUGCUCCUCAGAUCGGAAUCCCAUUAAGAAUUAUAGUUUUAGAAGAUACAAGAGAAUAUAUUAGUUAUCAACCUAAGGAAGAAAUUAAAGCACAAGAUAGACACCCUUUCGAUCUUCUGGUGAUUCUGAACCCAAAGCUUAAAAAGAAGAGCAACAGGACUGCAUUAUUUUUUGAGGGCUGUUUGAGUGUUGAUGGAUAUAGAGCAGUUGUGGAGAGAUAUCUAGAUGUUGAGGUUACAGGUAUGGAUCGCGAUGGCCAGCCCAUCAAAGUUGAUGCUACAGGUUGGCAGGCACGGAUUUUACAGCAUGAGUGUGAUCAUCUAGAGGGAACCCUCUAUGUCGAUAAGAUGGUACCGAAAACAUUUAGAAUUACAGAAAAUUUGGACUUGCCUCUUGCCGUGGGAUGCCCCAAACUUGGGGCUCUCUAGCUUAUCCUAUAGAGCUGAACAGUUAGUCUAAAGAACAAAGGAUGAAGGUUUGAAUUUUAGUGUCAUGAGGUGAUGCUGCAGGAUGUAGUAGACUUCUUCAGAUAUGGUUCGUGUUCUUUUGUCAUUGUUGUUCAGGAAAUGCAGAUAAUUUUUUUCUGUUGUUUCACUGUAUUUCCUAUCAUGUGUCAAAUUGUUUGUUUAUUGGAGAAAGAUUUGAAGCAGUUGUAAUUGUUAUUAUGAUUCAAUUGAAAUCGGCAUUGAACACAUUUUGAAUAUAAAGAAAUUAUGUUAUGUUUAGUAGGA